CCUGCUGCUCACUACUCAUGGCUUGCACCCACAUCCACAGCAUCAUAGACACCCUCGCAUCUCACUCGCGCCAGCAUGCAGCUCUCCUCCUUCUCUCCGUCUGCGAAGCCAGUCGCGACGGCAUGGCCACGGGCACCGCCAGCAGCAGACAAGCAGCCUCGCUUCUCUCUCUCGCAAGAGCUCCCAGCGCGGCCAGCCGCACCGCUGCCGCCGAUGCAAGAGCGGCCAGUGAAGCGCGCACACUCGGCUCCCGUGGUGCGCUGGUGGUCGCGCGGCAUGCAGGUCGCCGUGCACAUCAUCACCGCCGACACAAGUGAGGCUGCGAGGCCUGCGGCACCGUCACUGUCCGGACGUGCUGCCAUCGAGAAGCGCGGGCACAAGCGCAGCUUCAGCACGUCGAGCGAGCGCAGUCGCCCGGCCGUUGCGAGCGGCAGCCGCGCGACGUCGGCACCAUCAAGCGACCAUGGCAGGCCGGUCGUCUCUCGUCGCAGCCCCGCCGUGGCUGCACGCCACCUUGCAGUGCCAAUGAGCACACUCGCCAGCGACGACGCUCGGCCAUCGCAGCUGCGCCGGACGCAGCUGCUCGUGCGGCGCGGCGCCGAACUCGUGCCGGCCGGACCGCGCUCGGGCGUCGUGGCGCAACGCUGCCCUCACGAGCGUGGCGGCCGCUGCCCGCUGCGCCUGUCGCGCACGGCAGCCACCCUCAGCAGCGCCAUCGCACCCAAGCAGUCCCAUGCUCCACUCGACGCAGCCGGACGACGUCGUGAUGUUGCAGCCAAGACCCGCUUAGAGCGCCAGCGCCCGGACGGCCACCUGCGCUCCUCCUUCUACUAUUCUAGCGCAUCAAGCAGCGACACACGCAGGUCGUGGUAUGAAACUAUCUAAGCAUUGUCCCAGG